AUGGAAAAUAGAAAGCCUCGAUACAGAAUAUCUCACUAUAUAUUUUUUACACUAUAUUUCACUGUUAUUCCUCUGAAGAUUGCAGCCAUGAGUGUCCAAGACUGAUAUAAGCAAGGACAAGAUGUAGAUCCCCCAAAAAAUAAUACGUACUGGGAAGGCUCACUUUUUGAGAUCUUUUCUUCUAAAAGCGUAUAUAUCAUAGGCGAAAAAUCUUAUGAUGAACUUUCCGAUCAUUAUUGCAAAGAUAGCUACAAUAAUUCAGAAUGAUUUGACAAAGCUGCAUGCGAAACUUUUACUAAUUUAAAUGGAGGUGGCAUUAGUUUUAUUGCAUUUAGCAGCUUAGAAAUCUUAUUUAUCAUUGCCUAUCUGAUUUUCACAGCUUUAACCACAUAUCAAAAAAGCUAUUUAUGCUUAAGGGUGUUUUUUUCUAUUAUAUCAACUCUUUGUGGCUUUUUUGGGCUUGUUGUUAUGGUUGGCACUGCGAUGGUCACUUAUUCAAAUGCUUGCCAUUCGGUAGCAGGGUAUUAUUCAACACAAAGCAACACUUGUGCAAUGACUGGACCUCAGCUGGAUUUAUUUAACUUUUUAUAUAUUCUUGCAAUAUCCUUUGGAUUUUGAGUUUUUCAAUGCUCAACAAAAUGCGAAAAUAAGAUGGCUGAUGAAAACAAGCGUGCCAGCUUAAUGGACAACAAUCGCCUGAGUCAUGACCAAGGGCAAAUUCCAACUCAACCUUCUCCUAUUAAACAAUUAAGCCCUUCUACAAAUCCAGAAUCUCCACAGGAUAUACAUCGAUUUGGGCAGGAUGAAGAGCCAGAUAUGAUUUAUAGGGAUAGAUCUGAAAAUGGUCAAAUAAUUGUCUAA